AAUUGAGUGUGACACACAAAACAAGAAAAAGUUUCAGACGCUGAGGAAACAAACUAACGCAACCUGUUGGCUGUGUGUGGAGGGGCGAGCAAAGACGUAGAAAAUGUCCGAGCUAAGUGACGAGGCCAGUGAAUCAGAGCAACUGGGUGCCAGCCUCUCCUUGUGGCUGGGUGACACUCUGGUGCGACCUGAGGAGCUGGAUGUCCCCCUGGACCUCCACACCGCCUGCUCCAUCGGCCAGUACGACGUGGUGGCAGAGUGCAUCAAAAAACGUGAGGUGGACCUGGAUGGCAAGAACAUUGGAGGAUGGACCCCACUGAUGUAUGCGUCCUACAUCGGCCAUGACAACAUUGCAAAUCUCUUGCUGGAGGCCGGUGUGAAUGUAAAUGCUGCCACUGCCAAAGGAUUAACCCCCUUGAUGCUGGCAGCAAGCUGCGGGAAUGAAAGUAUUGCAUACUUCCUGCUUCAGCAAGGUGCUGAGUUGGAGCUGAAGGAUUCUCGAGGCUGGACCGCUUUGUUCCACUGCACAAGCACAGGCCACCAGCAGAUGGUCAAGUUCCUGCUGGAUAAUAACGCUGACACCAAUGUCAAGGAGCCAGGGUCUGGUUUUACUCCCCUGAUGGAAGCUGCUGCUUCGGGACAUGAAAUCAUUGUUCAGAACCUGCUUGACCAUAAAGUUAAAGUCGAUGACCGCAACGCUAAAGGAGAGACUGCCCGUGCCCUCGCCAUGAUGUACGGCUACACCAAGAUCGUCAGCCUCAUUGACUCGCGUUCUCCAAGGAUCAAACCAGGACACUAUGAAGACCUGAGCUCCUCUGAGGACUCGGACAGCGCACCGCCAAGGAUUAGGUCGGGUCGCAACCGAGCUAAAGGCAUAAGCAUCCACGAUGGGCCCCAGGCCAUCGCCAAGUUCCGAGUAGGAGGCACCAGCAAACUGUGUGAGCCUCCUGCGGUGCCGCCAGGCUACAUGACAUUCCGUGAUAUUGGUGAACAGAGCGAAGGCAUCUGCUACCGUGACGUGACCUCACCCAUCAACGAGCUGGACGGCCAGAGCAACAGCAGCAGAGAUGACAGUCCGUUCUUUGACAAUGACAUGCCCACCAUGAGGAGCAGCAGCAGCAGCAGUGAAGGCCUGCCUCAUGUGAUUGGCCUCAACUGGGAAGGUUCUGUGGAGAGUAACGAGGACUCAGACCAGUGCAAAAAGAGCAGCUCUCGCAGAGUCAAUAAGGGCCAUCACUCAAAAGGCAAGAGUCGCCAUGGAAGCAACGAUGCAGCUCACUCCAGUGGCACAGUAAAUUGUGGGAUGCGAUCACAUGUUGGUCUUCCACCCUCCUAUACUGGUCCAAAGGAUCUGGCAGAGUUCUUGGAACAAAUUGGCUUCUCAAAGUAUCUCCCUUUACUUGAGGAGCAAGACAUUGACCUGCGAAUAUUUCUCACCCUGACCGAAAAUGAUCUCAAAGAAAUAGGGAUCACAUUGUUCGGACCCAAGCGUAAGAUGACCUCGGCAAUUGCAAGGUGGCACAGCAGUGCUCGACCGCCCAGCGAUGCUCUGGAACAGGCGUACGCUGACCAGCUUGAGGCCGAGAUGCAGGAGAUGGCCAUUCAGCUACACAAGCGCUGCGAGGAGGUGGAGAGCCUGCAGAGCCAGGUGUCUCAGGAGAAGGAGCUGCGUACUGUGAUGGAGGGGUGUCUCAUGGAGGACAAGAUGGCAUGGAGGAGGGUCCACGCUGAGCUGGUGGAGAACCACCGGAUGGCUCAGGAAAUGAGCGCCACGCUGGCUGAGUCCAGGGCCCGCUGCACUGAACUGCUGUCCUGUUUCUCUACCGAUGGGAACAGCAGCUCUAAUGCUCGCGUGCGAGAUAAAACAGAGGGCGACGCUGAUGUUAAAGCUGACGAGGGCCUGACACUCUCCAGUGUUGCAGAGCUAAUAAAAAAGCUGGAUUCCCAUGAAGAACAACUGGCGGCGACCCUGCAAACCAUGCUUCAGAGUCUGAGGCGACUGAGUGCCCCCGAAAAAGUCUCAGAUAGCUGGGAACGGCCGUAACCUUUACCGAGGCUUUCACCAUUGUUUGACGGAGGGUGAUUGAACCACCCUGAACAAUUUCACUGAAAAGAAAGAAGGCCAAAGACGAGGCCGGCCACGCCGGACCAGAGCGGCUCGGGGAGCAAAGCAGCUGACCUGCCGCUCCUCUGGGAUUGGCUGAUGGACCAGAGCUCGCCAGAUGUGGACAAGGCCAAGGGCAACGGCAGCUACUGCAGGGAAAUGACAAACAGGCAGGAAGGGUACCUGGCCCUCACACGCUUGUGCUGGUGUUUACUGGACUCCUGUAGUUGGGUUGUAAAAAUGCACAGAGAGGAGAGACUGAUCGCAGAUCAGAGGCUGUAAUACUGUGAAACAUUUCUUACAAGAUGUACUCUCUUCCCAUAUGAAAUGUGGUUUAAAUUAUGGUCAUCCCACCAGCCGAAGAGGUACGUUUCAUCAAAGUAGUCAAAGUUAAAAUAAGUGGUUAAAAGUUCUGCUUUAUUUGAAUGGAAUCUGGUAUUUGUAUGCUGUUAGGUGUUUGAAAAUGUCCUGCUGAAUGCGUUUUUUAAGACGAGAGAAAUGUGUGAAACCUGUCAGUUAAUCAUCACCAGGGAAGAUCUUUUCAAGCCAUUUUACUGUAAUGCUGUAGACAUUUACAUGUUUAGAUGCAGAGUUAUGAAUAAAAAGAUGAAAAUCUUCUUUUAAACCUUUA